AUGACCGACCACAGCGGCGCCAUCAAAAUCGCCACCUGGUUCCUCCUCCUCACCUCUACCUCCGUCGUAACCGCCUGCUCCCUCACCCGCUGGCGUCUCUUCCGCGACAACCUCCUCCCACUGGCCCUCCUCCUCAGCACUCUCAUAUCCUCCAUAAUCUCCGGCGCCUGCACCUCCCUCGCCGCCACCCGCGGCCUCGGCAUCUCCUCCAUCCCCGAUUCCUCCCUCCCGGGGAUCCAAAAAGCCCUCUACACCUCCGAACUCUUCUACAUCCUGACCCUCGGAUUCGGCAAGCUCGCUGUGGUCGCUUUCUUCCACAUGCUGCUUUCCGGUAUCGGAGAAAUUAAAAUCAUCCUCUUCACGCAGGGAUUUCUCAUCCUUUGGACAAUGACCAUCCUCAUUGCUGUAUCAUUGCAGUGUCAUCCCCCGGAUGUAUGGGAUUUGAUGCAGGGGGAGUGUGUAUAUACCAGAGGAUUAUGGACCUACACCUCAACCAGCAACAUCCUAAUCGAAGCCCUACUAAUCCUCAUUCCGAGUAUCAUGAUAUUCCGGUUGCAUAUGCGUCUUCGAAAACGGUUGCUGGUGAUUGCGUGUUUUGGGUUUAGGGCUUUGGACAUCAUUGUCUCAGUCAUCCAGUUACAUUAUGUGAAAACAUUCGAUUCUGAGACACCCCUGCCGGUAAAUCUCUGGCCGUGGGUCAUCUGUAGUCAGGUACUGCAGACUACGACCAUUGUGUCGGCGUGUGUGCCGUAUCUGAGGGAGUUUUUGGAGGCGUUUCCGAGUGGGAUGUUGAGGCCGGUGGGUGGGGGGGCGCAGUUGGGGGAGGGAUAUGGGGUUGGGGUUGGGGAUAGAGGUGCGAAGUAUGGGCAGGGGCAGGGGAGGUAUCAGUUGUAUUUUGUGAGGGAGGGGAGUGAGGAGGGGGAUGGGGAUGGGGUGGUUGGGAGGAUGAGGGGGGUUUAG